ACAAGAUGGCGGCUGAAGGCGAUCCGGAGUGGGGCCCCAGCAAUUCGGAUUGAGCCUUCUCCCUCCACCCGCUUCCGCCGGCCGGGCCCCUCCCGCCCGGCCCCGCGGGCCUCCCCACCCGGCCCCGGCGCCCCCCACCGCCACCCCUCCGCCCGCCCCUCCCCCCUCCGCUUUCCCUUCUCCCCCCCGCCUCAGCUCCGACAUGAGGGGCCGGCGGGGCAGGCCGCCCAAGCAGCCCGCGGCUCCCGCUGCGGAGCGCUGCGCCCCGGCCCCGCCGCCGCCGCCGCCGCCGCCGCCCACGUCCGGACCCAUCGGGGGGCUCCGCUCGCGGCACCGCGGCAGCAGUCGGGGCAGGUGGGCCGCCGCCCAGGCUGAGGUGGCGCCCAAGACGCGGCUGAGCUCGCCCAGGGGGGGCAGCAGUAGCCGGAGGAAGCCGCCGCCGCCGCCGCCGCCGCCGCCGGCCCCCCCCAGCACCAGCGCCCCGGGCCGGGGGGGGCGAGGAGGCGGGGGCGGCAGGACAGGGGGCGGGGGCGGCGGCGGCCACCUGGCCCGGACCACCCCGGCCCGGAGGGCCGUCAACAAAGUGGUGUACGAUGACCACGAGAGCGAAGAGGAGGAGGAGGAGGAGGAGGACAUGGUCUCGGAGGAGGAGGAGGAGGAGGAGGACGGCGACGCCGAGGAGACCCAGGAUUCCGAGGACGACGAGGAGGAUGAGAUGGAGGAGGACGACGAUGACUCCGACUAUCCGGAGGAGAUGGAAGACGACGACGACGACGACGCCAGUUACUGCACGGAAAGCAGCUUCAGGAGCCAUAGCACCUAUAGCAGCACUCCAGGUAGGCGAAAACCGAGAGUACAUCGGCCUCGUUCUCCAAUAUUGGAAGAAAAAGACAUCCCGCCCCUUGAAUUUCCCAAGUCCUCUGAGGAUUUAAUGGUGCCUAACGAGCAUAUAAUGAAUGUUAUUGCCAUUUAUGAGGUAUUGCGGAACUUUGGCACGGUUCUAAGGUUAUCUCCUUUUCGCUUCGAGGACUUCUGUGCGGCUCUGGUGAGUCAAGAGCAGUGCACACUUAUGGCAGAGAUGCACGUCGUGCUUUUGAAAGCCGUCUUGCGUGAAGAAGACACUUCCAAUACUACCUUUGGACCCGCUGAUCUGAAAGACAGCGUGAAUUCCACGCUGUAUUUCAUCGAUGGCAUGACGUGGCCAGAGGUGCUGCGGGUGUACUGUGAGAGUGACAAGGAGUACCAUCACGUUCUUCCUUACCAAGAAGCAGAGGACUAUCCUUACGGACCAGUAGAGAACAAAAUCAAAGUUCUGCAGUUCUUAGUCGAUCAGUUUCUCACCACAAACAUCGCCCGUGAGGAGUUGAUGUCUGAAGGGGUGAUCCAGUACGACGACCACUGUCGGGUCUGUCACAAACUCGGGGAUUUGCUUUGCUGCGAGACCUGCUCGGCGGUGUACCAUUUGGAAUGUGUGAAGCCGCCGCUCGAGGAGGUGCCGGAGGAUGAGUGGCAGUGUGAAGUCUGUGUAGCACAUAAGGUGCCUGGUGUGACUGACUGCGUUGCUGAAAUCCAAAAAAACAAACCCUAUAUUCGACACGAACCUAUCGGAUAUGACAGAAGUCGGAGGAAAUACUGGUUCUUAAACCGAAGACUCAUAAUAGAAGAAGAUACAGAAAAUGAAAAUGAAAAGAAAAUUUGGUACUACAGCACAAAGGUCCAACUUGCAGAAUUAAUUGACUGUCUAGACAAAGAUUACUGGGAGGCAGAACUCUGCAAAAUUCUAGAAGAAAUGCGUGAAGAAAUCCACCGGCACAUGGACAUAACUGAAGACCUGACCAAUAAAGCUCGGGGCAGUAACAAAUCCUUUCUGGCGGCAGCUAAUGAAGAAAUUUUGGAAUCCAUAAGAGCCAAAAAGGGAGACAUUGAUAUUGUUAAAAGCCCAGAAGAAAUAGACAAGGACAAGAAUGAGACUGAAAAUAGUAACUCCAAAGAUGCUGAGAAAAGCAGAGAGGAGUUUGAAGACCAGAUUGUUGAAAAAGACAGUGAUGACAGACCACCAGAUGACAUCGAUCCUGAGCAAGGAAAAUCUGAGGAGCCAACAGAAGUUGGGGAUAAAGGUAACUCUGUGUCAGCAAAUCUUGGCGACAACACAACAAAUGCUUCUUCCGAAGAGACUGUUCCCUCUGAAGGGAGGAGUCCCAUGGGGUGUGUCUCAGAAACCCACGAUAGCAGCAACAUGGCAGAGAAGAAGGUGGCAUCUGAGCUCCCCCAGGACGUGCCAGAAGAACCUAGCAAGACAUGUGACAGCAAUAAGACUAGUGCUACCACUGCCUCCAUCCAGCCUGAUCUGGAGCACGGUAACACCAGCAGUGAGCUAAACUCUUCCCAGAGUGAAUCUGCUAAGGCAGCUGAUGACCCUGAAAAUGGAGAAAGAGAAUCCCAUACACCUGUCUCUAUUCAAGAAGAGAUAGGUGAUUUCAAAUCAGAAAAGUCUAAUGGGGAAGUCAGUGAGUCUCCUGGAGGAGGAAGAGGAGCAUCUGGUUCAACUCGGAUUAUCACCAGGUUACGGAACCCAGACAGCAAACUGAGUCAGCUGAAGAGCCAGCAGGUGGCCGCCGCAGCCCAUGAAGCAAAUAAAUUGUUUAAGGAGGGGAAAGAGGUACUGGUAGUUAACUCUCAAGGAGAAAUUUCACGGUUGAGCACCAAAAAGGAGGUGGUCAUGAAGGGAAACAUCAACAAUUAUUUUAAGUUGGGUCAAGAGGGGAAGUAUCGCGUCUACCACAAUCAGUACUCCACCAAUUCAUUUGCUUUGAAUAAGCAUCAGCACAGAGAAGACCACGAUAAGAGAAGACAUCUUGCACAUAAAUUCUGCCUGACUCCAGCUGGAGAGUUCAAAUGGAAUGGUUCUGUCCAUGGGUCCAAAGUUCUUACCAUAUCUACUCUGAGACUGACUAUCACCCAGUUGGAAAACAAUAUCCCUUCCUCCUUUCUUCAUCCCAAUUGGGCUUCGCACAGGGCAAAUUGGAUCAAGGCUGUUCAGAUGUGUAGCAAACCCAGAGAAUUUGCGUUGGCUUUAGCUAUUUUGGAGUGUGCGGUUAAGCCAGUUGUGAUGCUGCCAAUAUGGCGGGAAUCUUUAGGACAUACCAGGUUACAUAGAAUGACAUCAAUUGAAAGAGAAGAAAAGGAGAAAGUCAAAAAAAAGGAGAAAAAACAAGAAGAGGAAGAAACAAUGCAACAAGCUACAUGGGUAAAAUACACAUUUCCAGUUAAACAUCAGGUUUGGAAACAAAAAGGAGAGGAAUACCGAGUAACAGGAUAUGGUGGUUGGAGCUGGAUUAGUAAAACUCAUGUUUAUAGGUUUGUUCCUAAAUUGCCAGGCAAUACCAAUGUGCAUUACAGAAAGUCAGUAGAAGGAGUUAAAAAUAACAUGGAUGAAAAUAUGGAUGAAUCAGAUAGAAGGAAAAGUCCACGAAGUCCAAAAAAGAUAAAAACAGAACCAGAUUCUGAGAAAGGCGAGGUAAAAGACUCUGAUGCUGCAAAAGGAUCAGACCAAAGUGAAAUGGACAUUUCAAAGGUUACUGACAAGAAGGAUCAAGAUGUAAAAGAAGUUUUAGAUUCUGACAAUGAUAAAUCCUUUAAAGAAGAACCAAUGGAAAUAGAUGAUGAUGUGAAAACAGAGUCCCAUGUAAAUUGUCAGGAAAGCUCUCAAGUAGAUGUGGUCAAUGUCAGUGAGGGUUUUCAUCUAAGGACUAGUUAUAAAAAGAAAAUCAAAUCAUCCAAACUAGAUGGACUUCUGGAAAGGAGAAUUAAACAGUUUACACUGGAAGAAAAACAACGCCACGAAAAAAUGAAGUUGGAGGGUGGUAUUAAAGGUUCAGGAAAGACCCCUACAAGUUCUGUGAAAAGUCUGUCUGAGUCAUCAGUCAUAACGAAAGUAAAAGAAGGAUGUCAGAGUGACUUGCUUACACAAGAACAGAGCUCUAACACAAGUAACGAUAAAUCCGAAGACUCAAUUCGGGGAUAUUCACAGAGUGAUUCCUCAAUUCUUGGAAUCAGUGACCCUGAUCAUACAGCAAACAAACUUUAUUCAAAAGAUCAAAUGUUAGAGGAUGUCUCCAUUCAGAGCACAGAGACACACUGUCAAAAACAAAAUUCUAUUCGAAAUGACAUGGAUGAGGGUCUCUCUGACCCUGCCAGUGAAGGCCAGGAGCCCAGUAAGAUUAAAACAAAAGGAACUGAUUUUCUCAUUGAUGACUCUAAAUUAGCCAGCACAGAUGAAAUUGGCACUUUGAUCUAUAAGAACAGAAAACCAUUCAUACAGGAAGAUAAUGACACCACUGUGUGUCCCUCCCAGAGCCCUUUGCUUCCAUCAGUACCUAAAAGUACUGAUGAUAGAGAUAUCCCGUCUCUGUCAAAAGCAAUAGACUUUGAAGGAAAACUGGGAUGUGACUCUGAAUAUAAUAGCACUUUGGAAAAUAGUUCUGAUACUAUGUCUGUUCAGGACAGCAGUGAAGAAGAUAUGAUUGUUCAAAAUAGCAAUGAAAGUAUUUCUGAACAGUUAAUAACUCAAGAACAAGGUAGUGAAGGCUUUGAACCACUGAAACGUGAAUUUGUUUCAGAUAAGACUACUGGAAGCUGUGAUGACAGGCUGCAGGGUAAGGUAAAUGAUGCAAAUGGUAGAAAGCCAAGUCAAGAUCAGAAAUUAGAGGAGAGACCACUUAAUAAAUGUAUUGAUCAAAACAGUCUGAAAAGUGUCACUGAUAAAAAGAAUAAUGAAAACCGAGAGUCUGAAAAGAAAGGACAGAAAGCAAGUACCUUUCAAAUAAAUGGAAAAGAUAAUAAACCUAAAGUAUAUUUGAAAGGUGAAUGCUUGAGAGACAUCUCCGAGAGUAAAAUAGGAAGUGGUGACGUUGAACCAAAGGUUAAUAAUAUAAAUAAAAUUAUUCCUGAAAACGAUAUCAAGCCUUUGACUGUUAAAGAAUCUGCUGUAAAACCAUUCAUGAAUGGUGAUGUCAUCAUGGAAGAUUUUAAUGAAAAAAACAACUUGGAAACAAAAUCAUGUCUACUGAGGUCUUCGGGUGCUGAAGGUGACUACCAUGAUAGCCUGGAGACACUGCCAUCAACCAAAGAGUCUGAGAGUGCCCAGGCCACCAUGCCUCUGCCGUCUUGUCCAGAAGGCAGUUCAUCCAAUCAGGUAGAAGAUAUGGAAAUUGACACCUCCAAAGUUAAGAAAGUUACUUCGUCCCCUAUUACUUCUGGAGAGGAAUCUAACCUCAGUAAUGAUUUUAUUGAUGAAAAUGGCCUGUCCACCAACAAAGAUGAAAAUGUCAAUGGAGAACCUAAAAGAAAAACAGUCAUCACAGAAGUCACCACCAUGACAUCCACAGUGGCCACAGAAUCAAAAACUGUGAUUAAGGUAGCAAAGGGUGAUAAGCAGACCGUGGUCUCUUCCACGGAAAACUGCGCCAAGUCGACCGUCACGACCACCACGACAACCGUGACCAAGCUCUCCACGCCCUCUGCAGGCAGUGACGUGGACAUCAUCUCUGUGAAGGAGCAGAGCAGAACUGUGGUCACCACAACAGUGACCGACUCACUGACCACCGCGGGAGGCACUCUGGUAACGUCUAUGACCGUGAGCAAAGAAUAUUCCACCAGGGACAAAGUGAAACUCAUGAAGUUUUCAAGACCCAAGAAGACUCGUUCAGGUACAGCUCUGCCAUCAUACAGAAAGUUUAUCACCAAGAGCAGCAAGAAGAGCAUAUUUGUUUUGCCCAAUGAUGACCUAAAAAAAUUGGCCAGAAAAGGAGGAAUCCGAGAAGUCCCUUAUUUUAAUUACAAUGCAAAACCUGCCUUGGAUAUAUGGCCAUAUCCUUCUCCUAGACCAACCUUUGGUAUCACUUGGAGGUAUAGGCUUCAGACUGUGAAGUCCUUAGCUGGAGUGAGUCUCAUGUUGCGGUUACUGUGGGCAAGUCUGAGAUGGGAUGACAUGGCAGCUAAGGCUCCUCCGGGAGGAGGGACCACACGGACAGAAACAUCAGAAACUGAAAUCACAACGACAGAAAUAAUUAAGAGGCGAGAUGUUGGUCCUUAUGGCAUUCGAUCUGAAUAUUGUAUCAGGAAAAUCAUUUGCCCCAUUGGAGUUCCAGAAGCACCAAAAGAAACACCUACACCUCAGAGGAAAGGCCUUCGAUCAAGUGCGUUGCGGCCGAAGAGACCAGAAACGCCCAAGCAAACUGGCCCUGUUAUUAUCGAAACCUGGGUGGCCGAGGAAGAGCUGGAAUUAUGGGAGAUCAGGGCAUUUGCUGAAAGAGUGGAGAAAGAAAAGGCACAAGCAGUUGAGCAACAGGCUAAGGUUAGUGAACAGAAGAAGGCAGAGGACUUCAAGGCCCAAAUGGAGGCUCACCUCAAACAGCAGCGAUUGGCUGCCCAGCAGAAACGAUUGGAACAGCAGAAGCCUACAGUGAUUGCAGCUUCUACUACUUCCCCAACAAACAGUACAACUAGUACCAUCUCUCCAGCACAGAAAGUCAUGGUGGCCCCCAUAAGUGGCUCGGUUACAACUGGAACUAAAAUGGUACUAACUACUAAAGUUGGAUCUCCCGCUACAGUAACAUUCCAGCAGAACAAGAACUUUCAUCAAACAUUUGCCACCUGGGUUAAGCAAGGCCAGUCAAAUUCAGCCACCAGCACAGCUGCCACAUCUGCUACAACCAUUGCCAGCACAGGUCAGACGUUCCAAAUUACAGGCAAUCCAGUCACUAUGGCAGGAAAAGUAAUUACCAAACUUCCACUUCCUGCAAACAGCAAGAUUGUCGCUGUAAAUGUGCCGGCAACACAAGGAGGCGUUGUUCAAGUACAGCAGAAAGUCCUGGGUAUCAUUCCAUCGAGUACAGGUACAAGUCAGCAAACCUUUACUUCAUUCCAGCCCAGGACAGCAACAGUCACCAUUAGGCCCAAUACCUCAGGCUCUGGAGGAACCACAACUGCUUCCCAAGUCAUCACAGGGCCUCAGAUCCGCCCUGGUAUGACGGUGAUUAGAACUCCACUCCAGCAGUCAACUCUAGGAAAGGCAAUUAUUCGGACACCUGUGAUGGUGCAGCCAGGUGCUCCUCAGCAGGUGGUGACACAGAUCAUCAGAGGGCAGCCUGUUUCCACUGCGAUCUCUGCCCCUAGUACUGUUUCCUCCACACCUGCACAGAAGGGGUUAACUUCAGGACCAUCCACCCCGAGUCUGCAGCCUUCAACCUCACAGCCGCCUCGUCCCCAGCAAGGACAGGUGAAACUGACCAUGGCUCAGCUCACUCAGUUAACACAGGGCCACGGUGGCAAUCAAGGUUUGACAGUAGUCAUUCAAGGACAAGGUCAGACUACUGGGCAGUUGCAGUUGAUACCUCAAGGGGUGACUAUACUUCCGGGCCCAGGACAGCAGCUGAUGCAGGCUGCGAUGCCAAACGGUACCGUCCAGCGGUUCCUCUUCACCCCGCUGGCAACCACAGCCGCCGCCGCCAGCAGCACCACCACCACCGUCUCCACUACAGCAGCAGGUACAAGUGAACAAAGACAGAGUAAAUUAUCGUCCCCGACACAGGUGCAGCCAGCCAAAAGCCUGCCUCCAGCUCCGUCGAGCGUGAGUCCUCCAGAAGCCCAGCCUCAGCCUGCGCAGCCCGCUCAGCCUCCAGCUCAGCCUUCAGCCCAGCCCCAGCCCCAAACCCAGCCCCCAGCCCCAGCUCAGCCUGAAACUCAGACUCAGCCUGAAGUUCAGACCCAAACAACUGUGGCCUCCCAUGUCCCUCCUGAAGCACAGCCCACCCAAGCACAGUCCUCCAAACCCCAGGUUGCAGGACAGUGUCCGCCUCAGAGUAAUGUCCAAGGACAGUCUCCUGCUCGCGUCCAGAGCCCACCACAGAUUCGAGUACGUCCAUCGACGCCAUCCCAAGUGUCUCCCGGACAGCAGGCCCAGGGUCAGACUACAGCCUCCCAACCGAUUCCAAUCCAGCCACAUACAUCUCUUCCGACACCUUCCCAGGGCCAGCCACAGUCACAACCCCAGGUACAGUCUUCAACUCAAACUCUUUCACCAGGACAAGCGUUAAGUCAAGUUACUGUUCCGUCCCCGCCCCGCCCUCCGCUCCAAGCACCGCAGCCUCCGCCCCAGGUCCUGGCUGUGCCGCAGCUGCCGCCACAAGUCCAGGUUCUCUCCCAGAUCCAGUCACAGGUUGUGGCUCAGAUACAGGCUCAGCAAGGGGGUGUGCCCCAGCAGAUCAAGCUCCAGCUGCCCGUUCAGAUUCAGCAGAGCAGCCCUGUGCAGACUCACCACAUUCAGAAUGUGGUUACAGUGCAGGCAGCCAGUGUGCAAGAGCAGUUGCAGAGGGUUCAGCAACUCAGGGAUCAGCAGCAAAAGAAGAAGCAGCAACAGAUAGAAAUUAAGCGGGAACACACCCUCCAAGCUUCUAAUCAAAGUGAAAUCAUUCAGAAACAGGUGGUGAUGAAGCAUAAUGCUGUAAUAGAACAUUUAAAACAGAAAAAGACCAUGACUCCAGCUGAAAGAGAAGAGAAUCAAAGAAUGAUUGUCUGUAACCAGGUGAUGAAGUAUAUUUUGGAUAAGAUAGAUAAAGAAGAAAAACAGGCAGCAAAAAAACGGAAGCGAGAAGAGAGUGUGGAACAGAAACGUAGCAAACAGAAUGCCAGCAAGCUCUCUGCACUGCUCUUCAAGCACAAAGAGCAACUCAAAGCUGAAAUACUGAAAAAGAGAGCACUGCUAGACAAAGAUCUACAAAUUGAAGUGCAGGAAGAGCUCAAGAGGGACCUGAAAAUUAAGAAGGAAAAAGACAUGGUGCAGGCCGCAGCAGUAGCUGCCACCUGCCCCGCGGCCCCACCUGCACCUCCGGCCCCUCCGCCUUCGCCUCCGCCUCCGCCUCCCCCCCAGCACCCGGGCCCCCUGGCCACGGCCACGCCCACGCUGCCCGUGGCUUCCCAGAAAAGGAAGCGGGAAGAGGAGAGAGACUCCAACUCCAAGUCCAAGAAGAAGAAAAUGAUCUCUACUACCUCAAAGGAAACUAAGAAGGACACAAAGCUUUAUUGUAUCUGUAAAACGCCUUACGAUGAAUCUAAGUUCUAUAUUGGCUGUGAUCUUUGUACUAACUGGUAUCAUGGAGAAUGUGUUGGCAUCACAGAAAAGGAGGCUAAGAAAAUGGAUGUGUACAUCUGUAAUGAUUGUAAACGGGCACAAGAGGGCAACAGUGAGGAAUUGUACUGUAUCUGCAGAACACCUUAUGAUGAGUCACAAUUUUAUAUUGGCUGUGAUCGGUGUCAGAAUUGGUACCAUGGGCGCUGCGUUGGCAUCUUGCAAAGUGAGGCAGAGCUCAUUGACGAGUAUGUCUGUCCACAGUGCCAGUCAACAGAAGAUGCCAUGACAGUGCUCACGCCGCUCACAGAGAAAGAUUACGAGGGUCUGAAGAGGGUGCUGCGAUCUUUACAGGCCCAUAAGAUGGCCUGGCCUUUCCUUGAACCAGUGGAUCCUAACGACGCACCAGAUUAUUAUGGUGUUAUUAAGGAACCUAUGGACCUUGCCACCAUGGAAGAAAGAGUACAAAGAAGAUAUUAUGAGAAGCUGACGGAAUUUGUAGCAGAUAUGACCAAAAUUUUUGAUAAUUGUCGUUACUACAAUCCAAGUGACUCCCCUUUUUACCAGUGUGCAGAAGUUCUUGAAUCAUUCUUUGUACAGAAAUUGAAAGGAUUCAAGGCUAGCAGGUCUCAUAACAACAAACUGCAGUCUACAGCUUCUUAAAGUUCAGCGUGUUAACCUAACAUAAAACACAGCAAGAAUCUGGUUGUCUGAACUAUUUUAAAAUUAAGGAGCCAGAUGUUUUUAGUCAGGUUAUCCUGACAAGACUUGACCUAAACUUCGUUUUUAUUGGUCAUAACAGUCCAAUUAUAUUCUUGGCCAAUUUUGUCCAACGGACAAGGGAAAAGCAAAGUCAACGACACCAUUAUCUUGUCAAGAUCAAAUGGUUUUACUAUUGUGGCAGAAGCGGGAAAACUUUGUUUAUUGAAAAAAAAGAAAGCAAGAAAAAAAAAAAGAUAAUAUGGGGUCAAGUGUAACUCCAUGGAAAUGCCACGUCUGCUCUUCAGUGAAGAAGCUGGUUUAGAGUCUCACAGAAAACUUUCGACUGUAUUUAUUUAUUGUUGCAAAAAAGACGCUUUUUUAUUGCUGCCCUCAUUUGUCAGCUAAUUAUUUUUUCUUAUAAAAUCCAGCCCCGGUUACAUGUAAUCCAUUCUGUAUCUUAUCAUGAUUCCUGUAGGUAAAAGUACAAGACGACCUCUAGAUGUCUUUUCUUUCUAUGAAAGGAGCUGCUAUGUACACAUGUGCACACACACAUACACACACACACACACACACACAACUGGGAAUCAACAAUGAGUUUAUUGUUCAUAGUAGAUAAAAAUUAAGCUUGCAUAAAGGUUGGGCUAAGUGGUCCUGGAUUACAGACUCUGUUGCCUUGAAUAUAACAGAACAAUUUGUCAUUUACUCUGCACCAGGCUAAAAUGAGUAAAAUCUAUUUGAAGGUAUCUUGUUUGUAAACAUUUGUCAGAUUCUAAUUUUUUUUCUUUUUGUAUUAAAAUUCAACUAUGGAUGUAUAUGAAACAAAAUAAAUGGAGAUCAUUUUUCUCCCACAGAUGGUGUCUUUGAAUGUGCGCUAAUGAUUCUCCGUAAGCCUUUGAGGGGAAAGGGAGGGCUGCAAGGUAGAAAAAUAAAAAGGCAGAAGGAUCUGAUUGUACCUGGAUUUCUCCAGGGCAGUAGUGCUCCUAAAUUUUACAGUUCCCAGCCCACUGUCAUCAUGUCAAAGAACAAUAUUCAGCGGUGCUAAUCCUGUUGCAUCAAUUGAUCAGACUGAUUUUUUUAAAAAAAGAUAAUGUGACAGAAUACACGUUGCCUUCAUCUAUACGUUUUAUGAUACCAGGCAGAUUACCCUUUACAGACUGCUACUUACAUUUUAUGAAGGGCAUUUUUUUUUUAAUGACUCAUCCUUUCUGUAUUUGUUGGUCAGUUGAGUUGUUCGGGGUUUUUUCCCACAUAAGAAAAAGUAGUGUAAGCAGUAGGGGAAAAUGGAAACCUCAGAGGAAGGUGUAGUUUGCAUGUUUUUCCUUUCAGUGUUUUAAUCUUAAACGUCGUAUUUCUGCAUUGUCAUAAUCACUUCUAUGAGAUCUGCCAUAGUUGGUUUAUGCAGCUUUGCAAAAAUUUUACUAGAUUUUGCACUAAUUCAUAUUAGCUUUGUCUUACCAGGUUCUGAAAUUUUAUCUAAUUGUUGUUUUUUAAGUUUCCUCUGUUUAAUAUCACCCUGCUAUGCAAAACCUUCCCAGACCUUAGUUUCUUAAAAGAAAGACGUUACUGCAGUUCCAAAUUAUUUCUUAUUACAGGCUCAGGUGUACAAGUUAUUCUGGGUUAAUUUUAUCUAAUGAAGCCCAUUCCUUUUUGUACAUAAAAAUGUCACUUACAAACUAAAGAGACUAAUUGUUCAACAUUGAAAACAUGGAAACAAAGUUUUUGCUUAAAAUAUUAACAUGAAAGUAGUCAAACAUAGGUUAAAUUUUGUCCUUUUGCUUUUAAAAAAAAAUGUUACAUAUUGUAUGCACUGUGCUGAUGCAAGAAUCCUACAUUUUAAUGAAUUAUGAAAUUAUUUUGCAUCUCAUCACAUCACAGUAUUUCUGUACUAUUUAUUCAUAUAUAUAGAUAUAUAUGGGCUUAAUCACUUAAAACGUUGCGUCAAGAACUUUCCUAUCUGUAGGCAAUAGAUUGCUAUGUUUUUAACAGAUUGUGGCAAAUUUAAACAGCAAUUCUUUUUGUACGUAAUAGGACAUUUCAUCCUAGAAAAAUAAAGUAAUGUUUUUGACGUUGGAUUUGGUGCAGUUUCUAAUGAAACAGUGGUUGGUUGGUUAAUAUAUUUUCUGUAGAUGUUGAUAUUGCCAAAUUGUAUAAAAAUGGUACAUUUUGUGGGAAUCCUUGGACCAGGAAGAUGUUAAUUUCAUAAGUGUAUUUAAUAGUAUAAAGCCUCUUGUGAUUUCUAUCACCAUAUAAAUACAUAGACAUUUUAUAGUUUUAUCAACUACAGAGCUUUAGUCUUUGAAAAGUAAUUUUUGGGAAAACACGCCUUCUUAUAUACACAUAAUGAGUUUCAAAAGCUGCUUUUCUAUGAGUAUUUGAUAAGCUUCUGCUACUCAAUAAAGUAUACAUAAUACAACUAUUUUGCUUUCAAUUAUCCAAGUACUAGAAUGCACAUUUGUUACACUGUUAGGGUUUUUCUACCCAGCCUUUGGACUUGUGUGUGUGUGUAUAUAUAUAGAUAUGUUUACUUUGCAUCAACAGAUUUCCUUGGCUAGAAGUAUUUUCAUUGCUUGUUAUAUUUCAUCUGCCAAGUUCACAAUCUUUGAAACCAUUUCAUAAAAAGUAUUUUCAUAAUAUUGGUAAGGUUUUUUUCCUCCUACCCAAACUCUGCAGGAUUUGUAUUUUAGUUAAUGUCCUGCGGUAGUUCCAAAAAAAGUGAACUUUCAGAGAUAUUUUCUAAAGUAAAACAAUUACUUUUUUAUAUUUCAAGUGGCCUGGAGUGUUAUUAAAGAGACAGUGAGAUUUGCUGCUGUUUGUAAUCUACCUUCCUGGAGUCUGCAAAUAAAAAGUUCUUUCCCUGUUUCUCUUCCUUUGUUAGGCAAACUCCCUACAUCUUUGUGUUUCUGAUACCAGAGCAGCGCGGUGACCUCUUAAGUCUACACACGUAGCCUCAUGACUGAGGCCAUUACCCAUGAGUGUCAGAGUUUGUCCCUAAAAUCAAAGUGGUGGCCUCUCAGGAACAACGUAAUGUCUUACAAGUACUUGGGGAGAAGUUUUUAGUGAAUUGAAAUACAAAGUACUUCUGGAUACUUGGAAUAAGAUACCACAAAAGACAUUUCUAGAAGAUCACACCCCACUUGAUCCAAUUUGGACCAGAUUCAACUAAAGAAAUAAGUGCUAUAAAUUUAAAAUGAUAAAGUCCACCUGAAAUUGAAGUUACCCGCUGUAGAUAGCGGGUCAGUUUUUGGCAGUGGUGGUUGAGUCACUAAGUCAUGUCCACCUCUUUGCAACCCCAUGGACCCCAUGCCUGCCCAGGCUCCUCUGUCCAUGGGGUAUCUUAGGCAAGAUCCUAGGAGGAGUUGCCAUUUCCUUUUCCAGGGCAUGUCCCCAACCCAGGGAUUGAACCCAUGUCUGCUUGGCAGGUGGAUUCUUGACCACUGAGCCACCUGGAAGGGCCAAGUCAGUUUUUAGGUGUUUGCAAAUACCUGUGUUUGAUGAACCUUAAAAAUUAUUUUGAGAAAAACAAACAGUGCCAAGUGAUGUCUUUAAGAGUUAAAAGCUAGUACAAAAGUGUAUAUGUUUUAUGGACCUUUUCCCUAUCAAAAGAAAAACACUUUUUUUCUGCUUGAGCUCCAACAGCUUAAUUGAAGGAGGAAUGUAUUGAGUUCCUCUUGAAGGCAACAGAAUAUUGUGCCCAAGAUCCUUUAGUCUCUGGAACACAAAACCCAUAUACUAAGAAAAAUCUUAUCAGUGGGACAGAAGGAUUCGGAACUACAGUAAAUUUGCAAGUUAAAAUUUUCCAUAAAAUUCAAAGAUUGUGUCCAAAGUACUAAUAUGGAGAUUCUUUGUAAACUGUUUUGCCUAACCUGGAAUUACCAGUCUGUUCUUCACUGCCUCCCAUCCAUAUCCCCACACAUACCACUUUUCGACCCCACCUGAGCCUCAGUCGUCUUUCACUGCAAACUUGGUCUUGAAUGAUGGCCUUAGUUUUAACAAGGCAGUUUCUAAAAAGUUGACAUGCUUGUGUUUGCCACAUUAACCAUGUGGCCUCUAAAGGACUUGUGUGUGUGAUUUCAAAACUUCUCAGAAACUAUUGUCAAUCUAAUCAAACCCUAACUCUCAGUCUUAUAUAAAAGUGAUUUUCCCCCCUCUCUUUUAAACCAGAGCUAUUUAUAACACUUCCCUUUAUACUCUUAAUAUCUGACCAUCCAACUAAUCAUUUACUUGGUCACAUUGUAAUCUUCCCCACCUUGUUACUCAGGAUCACCACUUAGCCAUUUGACAUUUACAAGUUUAGCUUUGCUUUUUUGACUGGUGCUACUUCUGUCUUAGUUAAUUUCUGUCCUAAAGAAAACUAAUCCAGAAGCUCUUCUACUUGCAUACUCUAUAAUCUGUCAAUGGUUCAUUUAAUAAUGCAGUGGAUUCCCAAGAGGCAAUUCUAGGGUAAUUUUUAAUAAGCUUAGGCAAAACUCAUUCUCAGCAAACUCUCUAAAAAUCCUUCAGUUAAUGCUUUACCACAGAAUAGUCAGAGCCUCUCAACUUUUUGCCUCCUUGGGACAAAUAAGGUAACAGUAUCUCAUCACAGGCAGAUAUGUUUUAGGCUGUGAAGUCACUGUGCUGUCCUGACAUCGUGUGUGUAUAUGAUGCUUCUUUGAGGCCAUUACAGACUGACACAGCUUGAACUCCAGUGCAUCUCCUUUGAGCCCAAAUGUGCUGUUUUUCUCUUCAGUGCAGUUCUUUAUUUUUCUUUAGGCAGUCAUCUUCAACCAAGGAUUAUCAGUGUCUCUAUUCACAGAGUUUCAAAUUAACUAAAGCACAGCUUGGUCUUCUGGGAAAAGAAAAACACUGUUAAUGUCUUUGUGGGCUCAGAUAUAAAAUCCAUUAUAAAAAAAAUCAAUAAUAAAUUCAGUUCAUGAUUAAAUAUUUUUCAAGCUAGCUGGAAAACAUUUAAGAUUCAUAUGCUUGCAUGCCAUCAUUAAAUACUGGUUCCAGGGUUUGGGGAGUGAGUUUGAGAAAUGCUUUUUUCCCAAACCUUCUGGGGCUCAGUGAGGCUAAAAAACCAGGUGCAUCCAAGAUCUGAUUUCACAGCAAGAUUUACUGCUUUACAAACACAAACAUGAUACUUGGUCUUAAUAGAAAAAUAACAUCAGAUACACCCAGAAUAUGUUUGGCAUUGGGAGAGCUGCCAGUAUGGCACAAAACAUAGGAUUUUAGAACCUGGGAGGUGUGAAAAUAAACUGUAUCUUGUAUUUUGGUACAUCAGGAACACCUGUUUGCUUGAAAUAAGACCUUCGGUACUCUUAAGUGGAAAACUUCAAUACUUGUCUUGGGCUCCAAUUUAGUGUUUGAUCUAAAUGUGAUCUAAAUGACAUUUCAUACGUCUGACUAGUGCACUUACUGUUAUGUACAGAAUUUAAAUUGUGAUGGUUUUAGUAUAAAAUCUGGUUUGAUACAUGAUAUAAACUACUUGGAAUUGUAUAUUUAAGAUCAAGCAAAUGUUUUUGUGAACUAUUUCUACUGAAGAAUGUAUUUAAAUUAAAAUAAUUAAAAAUAAA